CUCUCCUUUGUGCAUGUUUGGUCGAUUGAUACGUUCAAACUUCCUAUCUUCUCGUACUCUCUUCGCUUCUCCCAACGUCUUUCAUAGUGCUACUUUAGCAAGACAAGUCCGCAACAUGUCUAACGUUUUCAACACUUCUCGCUUACUGGGUAAAACAGUCCUCAUCACUGGCGCUUCAGCGGGAAUUGGAGCUUCAGCCGCUAAACUCUUUUCCAAAGCAGGAUGUAACGUAGUCCUCCUUGCUCGUCGAGCGGAGAAACUCAAAGAUGUCAAAGCGGAAUGUGAAACUUCCCACAAAGAAGGUGGAGCGAAAGAAGGUGGGAAAGUGGUUUGUAUAGAGGCGGAUAUGCAAGAUAGGAAAGCUUUGAAUGAGGUAGUAGGGAAAUUGGAAGGUUUGAAAGUUGAUAUUUUGGUCAAUAACGCCGGUAUGGUUCAUGGUAGGGAACACAUAGGAGUUAUCUCUGAUGAAGAUAUCGACGUAAUGUUCCAGACCAAUGUCAUUGGUCUUAUUCAUAUCACUCAGAUCUUUGUACGAGAGUUUAAGAAACAGAACUCUGGUAUGAUCAUCAACAUCGGCUCCGUCGCUGGUCGUGAGCCUUACGCCGGUGGUGGUAUCUACUGCGCGACCAAACAUGCCGUGGCCAGUUUCACCGGAUCUCUUCUACGCGAACUUGUCAAUACUCCUAUCAGGGUUUGCGAAGUUCAGCCUGGUAUGGUAGAGACCGAAUUCUCAGUUGUAAGGUAUCGUGGGGAUGCUGCUAGGGCGCAGAGUGAAUAUAAAGGUUUUGACCCGCUCACCGGCGACGACAUUGCAGAAGAGAUUGUCUGGUGCGCAUCUCGACCCGCACAUGUCAACAUCGCCCAGCUCUUUGUGCUCCCUAUCCAGCAAGCCAGUCCCACCGUCAACUGGCGUCGUCCUGAAUGA